CUGAGCUAGGAAGGCCUCACCCUCCAACCAAGCAGGCUGGGCUAUUAAAUCAAUACUGAUCCAGAGCAGGAGCAGAACUCUGCCUUGCAGACCCUACCCUGAAGCUUUCCAUUGCUGCUGCUCAUCCUUAUGGGAGAUCAGCUCGAGAGAAAUUGUAUACCCAGUGAAGAAACCCAGAUUUUACCCGUUUCCACGUCUCAGCUUUCUUCUGGAUGCCUAACUGACUCUCCCAAACCUGCUGCACCUUAGUCUCACUGCCUGUGGCAUACUAACCUCACAUUCAGGUGGAAUAAAGAAGGAUGGAACUUGAGGCUGAGGAGUGAUCCUGAGGGAUUCAGUGGAUUCCUGCCAUGCGCCUGGGAGGCAAGGAGAGAGAGUAUGAUGCUGGAUGGCCAAGCAUCCAUGGAAGCUCGGUGUGCAGAGGAGGGCCCAGGACCCGGAAACUUCAGAGCAGAGCUGGAAGACCCACUACAGAGGCCCAAGACUCAGCAGCAACCCAUCUCUCAGGCCAGGCGCUGGUGCUCAGGCUGGCGUCGCUGUGCGGUGCUAGGAACCUUGGCAUUGCUGGCUGGUGCGAGUGUCGGCACAUGGCUCCUAGUGCUGUAUCUGAGGCCAGCUGCCCUGCAGCCCACUCUUGGGACCUUGGAGGAUGGGGAGAUGACACUGAGCUGCUCAGAGGCCAGUGGUGAAGAAGCCCUGCGUCCCUCACUUCCCAGAACAGUAUCUUUCAGAAUAAAGCCUGAGAACUUCUUGCUGGAAGUGCAGGUGAGGCCCCGACUGGACUGGCUCCUAGUCUGCUACGAGGGCUGGAGCUCUGCCCUGGGGUUACGGAUCUGCCAGCGCCUUGGGCAUCUCAGCCUCACUCACCACAAAGGAGCGUACCUGUCUGACAUCAAGCUCAGCAAUUCCCAGGAGUUCGCUCAGCUCUCUUCUGAACAGGGAGGCCUUCCCAAGGAGGUGUGGUGGCCCAGGGACAGCUGCAUUUCUGGCCGAAUCGUCUCCCUCAAAUGUUCUGAGUGUGGGGCAAGGCCCCUGGCUUCCCGAAUAGUUGGCGGACAGGCUGUGGCUCCUGGACGCUGGCCAUGGCAGGCCAGUGUGGCCCUGGGCUCCAGGCACACAUGUGGGGGCUCCGUGCUGGCCCCACAUUGGGUGGUGACUGCUGCACACUGCAUGCAUAGUUUCAGGCUGUCCCGCCUGUCCAGCUGGCGGGUUCAUGCAGGACUGGUCAGCCACAGUGCCAUCAGGCUACACCAGGGAGCUAUGGUGGAGAAGAUCAUCCCCCACCCUCUUUACAGUGCCCAGAAUCAUGACUACGAUGUUGCUCUCCUUCAGCUCCGGACACCGCUCAACUUUUCUGACACCGUGGGUGCAGUGUGCUUGCCGGCUGAGGAUCAGGAAUUUCCCAGGGGCUCACAGUGCCGGGUGUCUGGCUGGGGCCACACGGACCCUAGCCACACAGCCCACACCUCGGACACACUCCAGGACACAGUGGUGCCCCUGCUCAGCACCAAGCACUGCAACAGCUCUUGCAUAUACAGCGGGGCCCUCACCCCUCGCAUGCUGUGUGCGGGCUACCUGGAUGGGAGAGCUGACGCAUGCCAGGGGGAUAGCGGGGGCCCCCUGGUGUGCCCUGAUGGGGACAUAUGGCGCUUGGUGGGGGUGGUCAGCUGGGGUCAUGGCUGUGGAGGACCCAAUCGCCCCGGCAUCUACGCCAAAGUCGCCGAGUUCCUGGACUGGAUCCUCAACACAGCACAGUAGACUUAGUGGGAGAAUGUUGACCUACAAACAUUCUGGACUUGAACUGAUGAAGAUCUCACUAUUCGGCCAAGAGGAAAGUCAUUUACAAGUUCUUUCGGAGUCUGGUUGUUGUGGGGAAGUGUGAGGAAAAAUUCAUUUAAGAGGCAAAACUUUGUUUUAUGCCAGCACAAGAAAGGAAGUAAUUUUUUGAUUCCAGGCCUGAACGUCAGUCAAGCUUGGAACAAUGGAAGCCCUCUGGGUUCAAGGGGAAGGCAGGCCUGGAGUCAGUUACCUGGGACAGCAGUUACCCGGGUUGACAGCUCCAGCAGAAUUCCAGGCUUUGCAAUCUUUUAUGAAUUUGAUGGGGAAAGGAGGGUAGUCAAGGUAAAUGUUGAAGGAUAUGGUGGGUCUGUGCAGACCUCUGAGAAGACUCUGGGGUUCAGCUCAGUGCUGCAGUGAAAGAGGCUGUGUGAUUUCAGAGACCUCCUGGUUUCCCAGUUUUGCCAUUUCUCACCUCUGAAAUCGAUCCUCUUUUAAAACACUUCCUGCUCUAAGGCAUGGGUCUUAGUAGCCCACACUCACACCAACAAUGCAACAGACCCCAGACCUGUGCACCUAUGCCUGGUGGGACCUAAUCCUAUAUAUUCUCAGUGAGGCCCCAGUUGAGCAACCCCAACUCCUCCAAGGUCUGCCUCUUGGCCCAUGUCACAAGGCCCCAGAGGCAUGUCCUAUACCUGCUGCCACCAGCUACCCCAGAGCACCUCUUGUGACCUAGCUGGCUAAUUGAGAGCCAUUCCUCCAGCAGCUAGCUGCCCUCAGGACACCUAGGGCUUCUGUUGGCACUGCACACCUCUGCUGGACCAAUGCAGCAGGGAACCUAGCACACUGGGUAUGCCCUACAGUAACACCUACAGGCAGCCAGACGCCAAGGUCAGGCCCACAGCACCACAUGGAGCACACCGUAAUUCAGGGCCAAGGUCAAAUCCAAUCAAAGUGACACUGCACAGAGGGAUUGAUAGCACUACCCACGUACUGCCCUGUAGGGGCAGGAUAGGUUGGAGCGCGGAUUCUCUAUGACGCGAGCAGAUGGGGUAAAGGAGGAGAGAGUCCUGGAGCCCUCAGUGGCUUUUGUAGGCUUUUAUUGGGAUUUACCAGGUACAUAGCAGGCAGGGGUGCUGAUGGCUCAGGAGGCUAGU